AUGAUGAUGAUGAUGAAAUCCAAGGCGGCGUUGCUAUCUUCAACAGAAGCAGCAGCAGCAGCAGCUAUAAUCAACAAUUCGACCACAAAAAAGAAGACAAGUGCAACUUAUAAACUGAUCAUCAACCACCAACGAUCCAAGCCGACUCUGCUCCUCUAUCAUCAAUAUCAGUCUAGGGUGCCUGCUUUAGUUCAUUAUAACCAAUCCCAAUCCCAAUCCUAUCCGCCGGACUUUCCUACCCAUGUGCCUGAACCUGAUAUCAUCCCACCGGAGGUGCCUGAUCCUCCUCAGACACCGAAUAUCCCCGAAUUUGAUCUUCCCCCUUCAGUACCGACGCCGCCAGACUUUCCGGGUCCACCAACUCCGUCGCCACCUGUCCCCGAGGCCCCUACUACUCUGCCUCCACAGGGUCCGCCGGAUGUUCUUCCACCGCAUCCGCCGGAAGUGGGACCUUCGCAUAUUAUAUUCUAA